UUGUAUAAACUUUGCAACAUGGCGGCAGACCACAUCGGCGAGUUGGCAAGCAUGGAAAACUCCAACCGAAGCGCUCGUCCUGGUUUCUGCAGCGAUAAACACUCUUUGCUCGUCAUUGUUGGACAGCCCGGUCCGGCUGGAUUUGUGGAUUUACUAGUGUCAGAGAUUGAAAGAGGUAUACGCUCGUGGGACGUCGACCUGACUGCCUGCAACAUAGAUGAACAGCUCAAACUGUUUAUUUCAAGACACUCUGCUUUCUUCUCUGAGGACCUCAAAGGCCAGAAGACACUGCAGCACAGUGGGGAUGUGCUUGAGACCCAGGUGAUAGUUAACCCAUCUCAUGAUUUGGUUUGUUCAGAGGUUCGUCGGCUCAUUUCGGAUACGUCUCUUCAUAAGCUGCUAAUUCUUGCUGGACAGUGUGUUGAAGAUACUGGAGACCUUGUGUUACAAAUCGGGUCUUUUUCACUAAAUGACUUCAUUCAGAUAUUUACAGAUGAAGAGAUUGGAGAUCUUCUGAGCUCUGCAGACCCUACUCAGAAAGCCAGCCUAACUCUGAGCUGUCCUAAAUCUGGGAUGUGGAAAAAUUCUCAGUUAGAAAAGCAUAAUUUGCAAGAUUAUAUAGAAAUUAAAACCAACCCUCCAUUAGUGCUACCAGAGAUGGAGGGCCUUCAGGAGUUCACAGAGUAUCUGUCAGAGUCUCUUGAACCUCAGUUGCCUUUUGAUCUCCUUGUGCCACCCAGUACAGUCGGCUUCCUGAAACUGUCUCGUCCCUGCUGCUAUGUGUUUCCUGGAGGAAGAGGUGACUGUGCCUUCUUUGCUGUGAAUGGUUUCAAUGUUUUGGUCAAUGGGGGUUCUGAUCCUCGGUCUUGUUUUUGGAAACUGGUGAGACAUCUAGACCGAGUUGACUCAGUAUUGCUCACCCAUGUUGGUGUGGAUAAUCUACCUGGUAUAAACAGCCUACUUCACAGAAAAGUGGCUGAACAAGAAGAGGAGGAGUCCACUGGAUCACAGAGCAAUGAAGACUGGCAGAAGAAUCUGAUAUCUCCAGAAAUAGGGGUUGUAUUUUUAAAUGCUUCAGAAAGACUCAAAUCAUUGCAGAGUGACCCCAGGGUCUUUCGAAGUUGUGAUCAAGUUGCCCUAACAUUACAGCAUUUAGAAAGGUUGUCAAUUUUUCCAGAACGGCUCAGUCGCUCUGCAGGGCCAACUAUCGAGCCAGUGAUUCUUUUCCAGAAGAUGGGUGUAGGUCGACUAGAUCUUUAUGUACUCAAUCCAGUCAAAGGUAGCAAAGAACUAGAAGCUUUCUUGCAAACUUGGCCUGCUAGCACUCCAAAUAAAAAAACUGCAGAAGUACCUCUAGACUGUAUGGUUUCCAUAUGUGCGUUGUUGGUAUGGCAUCCGGCUAAUCCUCGGGAAAAGAUCAUUCGAGUUCUGUUUCCUGGGUGCACUCCAGAAUCCAAGAUAUUUGAAGGUUUAGAGAGACUAAAGCAUCUAGAGUUUCUCAAACACCCAGUAAUUAGUUUGAAGGACCUUGAGGCAUCAAAGUUUGAUAAACAGCCAAAACACGCUGACAGCAAGGAAAGUCUUAAGAGUAUUUCCAAAGAAUCUCGACCUGGAAGUGCCUCACUCAAAGACAAGGUAAGCAAAGUAGAUUUGAAAAAACAAGACACUAAAACAAAGACCAAAUCCACUAAUGACACGGUUCCAAAAGAGGGGAAAGAGGCUGAGGAAAAAGCAAAGUCAAAAGAUGAUGGGAAACAAAGACCAUCUAAGCCUGAAAAGCAAGUGACCAAGAAAGAACCUGCUAAAGAUGAAAAGAGGGAAGUUAGGAAGAAAGAGGAACGGCCAGCGAUAAGUAUUGCAAAGAAAGAUGAGAAUGUAGAGAAAAAGAAAGAACCCUUGAAAAAAGAUCUCAGUGCAAAGCCCAAGAAGGAUAUUAAACCUGAUGUGAAGAAGGAGAUUAAGAAAGAGGUCAAACCAGAAGACAAAAAAACUACCAAAACUCUUGGUAAGGAUAUUAAGAAAGCCACUGGAAAUAUGCCAGGCAAUGCAGAGUCUAGAAAGUCAGUUGGCAAGAAUGGCUCACUAAAGAAAGAUUUGAUGGUCCCUAAAAAGGAUCCUUUAACCAAAGGGAAGCCAAAGCCAGACAAAAAGGAGCCUGACAAUCUGAAAUCCUCAAGUGAAGUAAGUGCAAACCGGUCAAAGACAUCUACACCUGAGGACAUUACUGCACAAUUGGAAAAGUUGAGAAUGGAGAAUGAACAUGGGCAAUUGCAGGAUGUUGAAGGCAAUCAUAUAAGCUCAAGAACUGAAUGUGCCUCUGGCAACAAUGACGUGCAGGUGAAUGGCUCUAACAAAGGUACUGACGAAAGUCCAGAGAAGUUUCGAAGUAUGGAUGGUAACCCUGGCUCAGACAUUGCUGUUGGACCCCUCUCCCCACUUGCACAGACUCCAAAGAGUGAGAAAAGUGUUAAUUUUGAUCUCACUCCAACAGAGCUUGAUGGAUGCCCCAAAGAGGAUGCCUGUACAAGCUCGGACGAAAAAACCCUGGAGUUAGUUUCUCCCACAGACUCUGGGAAGAACAGUUCAGUGCAUACUCAUUACCCUCAAUCCCCUGACAAUGUUUCUCAGGUGUCUGGUGAAGAUUGUAAGGCAGGUAUCAGGACGCCUGGUCUCGGUUUUGAAGACAGUCAGAUGGAAUUCUCUAAGAACUCGAUGGCAGGUUGUUCUAGAAGCAAUAUUGAAAACAGCUCCAUAUCAUCACAAGAGAGACAAUCAAGCUUUCUCUCCUCUACUUCACUUAAAGAUACUCUACCUGAUGCCUCUCCCAGCCUCACUUCCUUUCCUGCGGAAGUUGGCUCUCCACACUCCACUGAAGUAGAUGAUUCAUUAUCUGUUUCCUUCGAACAAGUGCCUGUUUGUCAUUCACAGGAGGAAAUUAGUAAUUUGACAUACACUAAUGGACAUUUAGCAGACCGUGACCCAAAAACAGAUAUGACUUUAGCUUUAAAAACAUCUCAUAAUAGUCACCACACAUAUGAUGAAUCUGAGAAUCACCUUUUUGGACCACAGAGUGACAUCCUUGCACAUGAUGUCGAUCUAUGUCUGGUUUCACCUUGUGAGUUUAAGCAUCACAAAUCUCCAGAGAACCAGCAGGGACAGUCCUCUGAGGUUGCUGCCCCAAGUCCUGACCUCUCUCAAGAGCCAGUUAGACAGUGCAGUAGUAGUGAUCAUCAGUCAGUGGAAGGUCAGGAGACAACGUCCUCUGUCAGUGUCUCUCUCAUUUCAGUUUCCGAUUCUGAUGCACCACCAGCCACUGAAGAGUGUCCCUCCAUUACUGAGGACUUGGACUCUGAUGAGGAAACUAGUGAUAUCUUUCCACCCCACCAUCCUCAUGACCAUCCUAGCAGUCAUUUGUUACACCACAAUUCCCAGAAUGUCUCUGAAGACCCUCCACCUGCCCCAAUGAAGGAUUUACCACCGCUGCCACCCCAGCCUGGUGCCUGCAUGGCUGACCCAGAGGCUGAUGGUCAGGGUAGGUCUUCCAAGAAUGUUACGUCAAAGACCAAAAAAAUAGCAACUGUGUCCUCAAAGACUGCAUCGGCAAACAUACCACAAAUUGGGAAGACAAAGACUGGUGCUCUGGUGUCUGCCAGUGGAACUAUUCGGGCAACAUCUAGUCUGGACACCAGGCCUGCAUCCCGCAGUGCUAUCAGCGGAUCUAGACCAGUGCUUUCAAAGUCCUCAUCCAGUUCUGUCAGUGCAGUCUAUUUGGACUUGGCAUAUUUGCCCUCUGGCUCAGCAGCUUCCACUGUCGAUGUGGAGUUUUUCCGGCGCCUUCGUUCAUCCUGCUAUAUAAUUAGUGGAGAUGAGCCACACAAGAAAACCGUCAUGAGGUCUAUUCUUGACUCUCUUUUAGAGGGCAAAGCAUCCUGGCCAGAUGUGCAGGUGACCUUGAUCCCCACCUUUGAUUCACUGAUUAUGCACAACUGGUACCAGGAGACCCAUGAACGGCAGCGAGAUCUAUCAAUCACAGUACUUGGAAGCAACAGCACUGUAGCCAUGCAGGACGAGACCUUCCCAGCAUGCAAAGUAGAGUUUUAAAGAUUUAAAGACAUCUGAAGAAUCACACCCCUGCCUGUCACUAGAGCACUUGUGUUCACUCUCAAAAUAAUGUGCAAAAUGAUGUCUCAAUUUCUUCACACAUUUUACCUUGAGCAGCAGGAUGAAGGAUUUCAGUUCUAUUCAACAAUGACUUUUUAAUCUGUAAUUUAACAUCUACACUUGCUGCUUAUUAAAGUGUAAUUGAUUCUGUGUGAAUAGGGUAGACAAUAUUGCCAUAUUUUUAGCAGUUUGGUUAUAUUAUUUUAUAUAAUUCAUUGCAUCUUGUUGAUAUCUAGCAUGCUGAUUACCAGCUCAUUGUCUUACAUUACAUACGUACACAUUUUGCACAGUUUAGAUGCCCCUUGGAAAACUAUGGUAGAAUAGUUAGAUAUUCAGGUUAACACUUGAUAUGUCUGUAAUUGGCAGAUGUAUCCUAGCUCUUGACUGUACAGAUGUACAGAUCCUGCUCAAAAUGGUGUGUGUGUGUGUGUGUGUGUGUGUGUGUGUGUGUGUGUGUGUGUGUGUCAGUGGGGCCUUUAACAAGUUUCUUUUCUUUUAGGGAGAACAUUAGGGCAAAAAAUAUUUUUUUUGUUUAACAAAACUGAACCACCUUCAUCAAUAAAUGAACAGAAACUGAGCUAUACUGCUUAUAUAAACAUUUCACGGAUGCUAGUACUGUAAUUUGUACCAAAUGAAUUUUUUUUUUUUUUUUUGUCCCACAUACUUGGCUUCUUUUGGAAGAGACAUGUUAUAUGUAUACAAAGAUGAAUGCCUUAUUGUUCUUCCAUCAUCGACAAACACUAAAGCAGCAUGUCAUUUGAAUUGUGGAUACUUUUUGCUGAUCACCCCGAAUUUUUGAAUGUCAUGUAGUAGACAGCUCAACUAAUGUGCAUAUUGUCACAGCAAUGGCUGCUAUACUUUCUAAAAAAUAAAACGUUUUCAUUUUGGUCUGGCGCAGCAGUUUCCAUAAAACAUUUUCUUCUUUGUUUGGUCCUUUUAUAAAACCAUUUGUGGAACAGUUGAUGCGUUACAUUUUCAAAAUUGCACUUUUAUUGUUUUCCUUUCUGAGCCGAUAAAACGAUUUUUAUGAGGUACAAGUAUUUUUUUUUUUUUUUUUUUUCUCCCUUACAAGGAGAAAUCGGCCAAAACAAAUAGCAAGUGUACAUUAAUGUCACUAAUAGGCUUAAAUAUUUCAGUACGGAAUUCCAUAAUGUAAAUGUAUUUUCAAAUGUCAAAUAAAGUUGAUAAAUUAAGAAUGACA